GAUGCUUGUCCACCUCUAACUCCAGUUGAAAACAAUAUUCUCUUUUUGUGUGCACAACGAUAAUGAAUUAAUAGAAGCCGUGGCAUAAAUAAUGUAUGGUUAUUUGGAUCGCUGCCCUGGCAUUUAUUGUGGACGUUCACAGCUUGAUAAUGGCAGCUGGAGCAUCUGUGGGGUUUGCCCCCGAGGAUCACGGGUGAAUGCAAGCUAUGCGUGCACACCUUGCCGUGAUGAAUUGAGCACAUAUUCGUGGCUAUAUCUGGGUUUCAUGACCAUGCUGCCAUUGAUGAUGCACUGUUUUUUCAUUGACAUGGAUGCCAAAGAUCGCAAAUUCUCCCGCAAACAAUUAAUCCUCACAGCCAGCGCUUUUGUUGAAGUGGCUCUCGCAGCAAUCUUAGCAACACUCUUCAUGGAACCGAUGUGGGAACUACGUUUGUAUGCCUGCGAGGUUCGCAAGCUGACUGAUUGGUACACUUUAUUCUACAAUCCCAAUCCGAACUAUGAAGCCACCUAUCAUUGCACCCAGGAGGCAGUUUAUCCGUUGCAAACAAUUGUGUUGGUGUAUUACUUUUUGUGUUUGUUAAACAUGUUUCUCAUUCGACCGCUAAUCAGCUCUUUGUUCGAUGUGCGCGGCAAAGCGCCGAUUUAUUCUGCUCUCUAUUUUCUGCCACUACUUACUUUAAUACACGGCACCUGCUGCGGCUUAAUUUAUUAUUCAUUUCCAUAUCUGAGCAUUGCCAUGUCCAUGGUGGCCACAGCAAUACAUUAUGCCAUGAAGCUGGAUCAAACGCAGAAGGCGCUACUGCUAUCCUCCGUGUGGGAAAUGAAGAAUGUGGUCAUCAUUUCUGUCCAUUGGCUCCUGCUGGCAUUCGGCAUCGCCUCGUUGAACUAUCAUUACACGUUGUUGUGUCUGGUGCCGUUCCCUUCGCUGUUCUACAUUCUGACUGUGCGCUUCACCGAUCCCGGCGAGUUUCGAGAGAUUGAAUCACGCAUUUGAUCCGGCACCGGCAACAUGCAAAUGCAAAUCUUUCACGAACGUGGUGCACGACGUUCCACAGUUGUUAUCUAUGUGUAGUUUUAAGUCGAUGUCUUAAAUUAUUUCGCAUACAUUUAUGUAUAUAUACUUAUAUAUUUCAUUUUCGUCUUUUCGUUUUUUCUUUCUCAUUAAUUAUACA